CCACCGCCAUCACGCUCAGCCUCAUCCUUCCUUUGCAUAUACGCACGCCCCCACGCCUGUGCCCACGCCAGCUGGGCCCGCCUUUGCCUCAUCGUCGCGAGGACGACCAAACAUCGCGCCCACGAUGAGCGGCCUGCCAUCUCAUCACACCUCUCUGACGUCGCCUGGCGCAUCAGGAUCUUCUUCCAAUGGGGCCAAUAGCAAUGGCUUCGCAGCUAAUGGCGUCGCGAUGGAGCAAGAGGUUGCCGCGUCUGCUGUACCUUCUCGUCCGAUGAUGAGCAUAUCUAGCAUCCUCAAUGACGGCGGCGCACGGCAGCCUUCCAAGACUUCGGCAUCCCCUAUGCCUCCUUCAGCAUCAUCACUCUCGCCUCCUCCACCAUCCCGAGCAGGUUGGGACAAUGCUCACUCAACCCGGCAGCAGCAUGCUGAGCGCUCAGCUGCAGGUCUCGCCGCUGCCUCAUCGCCACCUCGCGCGAGCAGACGUAAUACUCAGCAUCCUCAGCAAUCACCACCCAUGGCUGCCGCUUCGUCGAUGGAGCGCUGGUCACCUGCUUCUCCUUCUGCAGAUGGGGGCAGGCCUGCAAUAGUAGAGCCAGCAAUGGGCAGCAGUAGCAGACCUCGAGGAUACUCCAAUGGCGUUUCACCCCCGACGGACGCUGCAGCAUCGCACUCAAAGCUUCGUCCACCCAAAGCAGCAUCAAUGGCAGCCAAGAGCAAGUCAGGCUACAAGACAAAGCGCAGCCGUAAGAAAGGAGACGACUUCGAAGAGCCAGACGAGAGCAAUCGCUUCAUGUGGGAGGACGAGCUCGAGGCUUAUCGCGUUCGACUCCAGUUGCGAGCCCAAGCCAUCGAGGAAGCCUACGAAGUGCGGUGGGAGGAGCGUCACCUCUCCGUCGAGAAGCGGCUGGCAGAGGGAUAUGAGGCCAGACUCAGCGCCGUCGUGCGCAAGGAAGAGGAGAAGGCACUCAUCGAGCAGAAGAGGGCAGAGGCGGCUGCGAAGAUGCAGCGAGAGGCCGCUCGAAGGAAGAAGGAAGCUGAGCUCGAUUUGGAGCUGCUUGCCACCCUGGAGGAGGGCAGUCCAAGCACUGCGCAUCGAAGCAAGAACAAGUCGAGGCCGAGCAAGGGCCACAGCAAGCAUGCCAGCAGGCCAGGGCCGCCAGACGAGGCCGGCGACGAGAGCGGCUUCGGUGCUUCGACGCCAUCGCGGGGAUGGAGAGACAAGAAGAGAAGGAUGGAAGAUGGCCCUACAGGUUUUCCCGGAGCAAGCUCUCCAGCUGGCAGCGAUCGCGGCACGCCCCUUCCAGACGCAGACGAGUCGAUGCCAAUGGAGCCCGCUGGGGCUGGCGACCAGAUUCCAGACCCAGACGGCCCUCCUGUGCCGCUCGACGCCAGACGUGUCCGCCAGCUUGAAGACGCCCACCGCCGUAUCUGGGUUAACAUGGCCCGCAAGGAGAUCCCCAAGGUCUACCGCUACGUCCAGUCAACCACGUCCUCAAAAGCCAGCUUCGCCAAGCGCAUCGCAGGUGUUGUCGAGCGGGAAUCUCGCCGUGUGCAAGCGCGCAACAGCAAGUCGACCAAGGACGUCCAGCAGCGCUCGCGCAAGGCGAUGCGAGAAAUGCUCGUCUUCUGGCGCCGCAACGAAAAGGAAGAGAAGGAGCUGCGUCGCAAGGCAGAGAAGGAAGCCGCGGAUCGACUGCGCAAGGAGGAGGAGAUGCGUGAGGCCAAGCGACAGGCUCGCAAGCUCAACUUCUUGAUCACACAGACGGAGCUCUACUCGCACUUCGUAGGCAACAAGCUGAGGACGAGCGAGGCUGAGGAGUCAGAGGAGACGUCCGGCGGCUCCAAGGUCAUUGAUCCGUCGCCGAAUAACACGGAUGCUCCUGCCAGCGUGCCACCAAUGGAUUCGCAUCAACAGAAGGAUGCGGCGAUGCAUGAUUCAGCGGACAACCCGGAGCUCAAGGACAUCGACUUUGACGAUGACGACGAGAGCAAUCUGCGAGCACACGCUGCGAGAAACGCGCAGGCCGCCGUCCUGGCGGCUAAGGACAAGGCAAAGGCCUUUGACGCCGUCGCUGAAGAGGAGCGCCGCAAGAUUAAAGAGAUGCAAGGCGGUGAAGGCGAGGACGCAGCGGCAUCGACGAGCGAGAAGCGCAUCGAAGAGAAAGAUCUGGGCAAGGCUUUCGACUCGGAUGACAUGAACUUCCAGAACCCAACUUCGAUGGGCCAGAUGAACGUCACACAGCCCAAGAUGCUCACCUGCCAGCUCAAAGAGUACCAACUCAAAGGUCUCAACUGGCUGGCCAACCUCUACGAGCAAGGCAUCAACGGUAUCCUCGCAGACGAGAUGGGUCUGGGCAAGACGGUGCAGAGUAUCUCGCUCAUGUCCUAUCUCGCCGAGGUUCACGACAUCUGGGGUCCUUUCCUCGUCAUCGCGCCUUCUUCGACAUUGCACAACUGGCAGCAGGAGAUCAGCCGCUUCACGCCAGCCCUCAAGGCCCUGCCAUACUGGGGCAAUGUCAAAGAUCGCAACAUCUUGCGCAAGUUUUGGAACAAGAAGCACAUGUCAUACAAUCGCGAUUCGCCCUUCCACGUCCUCGUCACCAGCUACCAGCUCGUCGUGACGGACGAGAAGUACUUCAAGCGCAUCAAGUGGCAGUACAUGAUCCUGGACGAGGCUCAGGCUAUCAAGUCAUCACAGAGUACCCGUUGGAGGACACUGCUGAGCUUCAACUGCCGCAAUCGCCUGCUCCUCACGGGUACGCCCGUGCAGAACUCGAUGCAAGAGCUAUGGGCUCUCCUCCACUUUAUCAUGCCCUCACUCUUCGACUCGCACGAUGAAUUCAGCGAGUGGUUCUCCAAGGACAUCGAAGGCCACGCAGAGAACAAGGGCACGCUCAACGAAGGCCAGCUGCGCCGCCUGCACAUGAUCCUCAAACCUUUCAUGCUGCGUCGUAUCAAGAAGAACGUCCAGAACGAGCUGGGAGACAAAAUCGAGAUUGACGUCAUGUGCGAGAUGAGCGCGAGGCAGAAGAUGCUCUACCGCGGUCUAAGGGAGAACGUAUCCAUCGCUGAGCUGAUGGACAGAGCGUCCAACCUGCACGACGAGGCCGGCCUCAAGCAUCUCAUGAACUUGGUCAUGCAGUUUCGCAAGGUGUGCAAUCACCCAGAGCUGUUUGAGAGGGCAGACGUUACAGCGCCGGUUCAUUUUGGCAACUUUUCGCGCUCUGGCACUUUCUCGCGCGAGGGUGACCAGCUCUACUGCCCCGAUUCAGCAACGAGCGCUAUCGAGAUGAGGCUGCCCAAGCUCUUUGUGCGCGAGGGAGGCCUCAUCAAACGACCUGGCCCGCACACCGAGGCUGGCUUCGAGACCAAGUACCUCGAUGGGCUCUUCAACAUCUGGCGAGCAGGGCACAUCGCCAAGGAAUUGCAGCGAGAUGGAUCUGCCUUCGAUGCGCUGCCGCUCGUCGACGUCUCGCCCAAGCAGGCCGAGACUGCCUUCCACGGUCACACGGCGCAACAAAUCAUCGAGAACAUCCAUCGCGAGGACAGACUGGCGGCUUUGGAGCCCUACCUCUGCGACAAUGACUUCGCUGCCAGCUCCGUGCGCCCCUUCGCCCGCGUCUCGCCUCGUGCCGCUGAGAUCGGACCAAUCGACUCCGCAGCAUCACUGCCGCCGCUGACCGACGUCCGCCAAGCCUACGUGCAAGCCUCACCGCUCGCCAAUCCCGAAGCUCGUGUCUGGCAAGGACCAGCUAUCGCGCCUCCGGUCCGCCUCUACGCGGAUGAUGGGCCUUUCGAAGCCGAACAAGAGCGUCAACGUCGCGACCAUCUCGUCUCCAGCAUGCUCUACGGCGUGCCCCCACCAGGAUGCGAGCGCGAAGACCUCGUCGAGGCAUUGCGCGUCCCGUUGCCUGGCCUGCCGCCUCGAGGUGUCCUCGCCGAGUCCUCCGUCGACCAGCUUCCCGCAGCUCAGAUGACCGUACCUCAGAUCAACAAGCUGAUCAUCGACUCGAGCAAGCUCGCCCACCUUGACCGUCUCCUGCGCGAGCUCAAGGCGAACGACCAUCGCGUCUUGAUCUACUUCCAGAUGACAAAGAUGAUCGACCUCAUGGAGGAGUACUUGAUCUACCGGCAGUACAAGUACCUGCGUCUCGAUGGUAGCUCCAAGAUCUCCGACAGGAGAGAUAUGGUCACUGACUGGCAGACCAAGCCGGAGCUGUUCGUCUUCCUUCUCUCUACUCGCGCUGGUGGACUGGGAAUCAACUUGACUGCAGCGGACACCGUCAUCUUCUUCGACUCUGAUUGGAACCCGUCGAAUGACCAGCAGGCGAUGGACCGCGCCCACCGACUGGGCCAGACGAAGCAGGUCACCGUCUACAGAUUGAUCACAAAGGGCACCAUCGACGAGCGCAUCAUCAAGAUGGCGCGCAACAAGAAGGAGGUCCAGGACAUGGUCGUCGGCAACAAGACGUACAAUGAAGCCUCUGGUCUCGCCAAGCCGCAGGAGAUUGUCAGCUUGCUCAUGGACGACGAUCAGCUUGCCGAUGCGAUGCUCAGGCGCAGACAGGCGGAGGAGGCUGCCUUGGCGCAGGGCAAGGCGGAUAAUGCGAGGGAGAUGCACAGGAAGAGGAGGAUGAACAAGGAGCAGGCACAGUGUGGAGGACGGUCGAGGGGUGAAGAUGCGAGGGACAAGCUGCUGGACUGGACGCUAGACGACGAUGAGGACGAUUUCUUCGGCGCAAAGCCUCCCUCUGCUACUCCCAAGAUUGAGGAGAUCGACUCGAGCAGGGCGUCUCCUGCGGCCAGUGGGAAUGGAAGGGGACGCGGCCGCGGUCGACCUUCAGGCAGUGGGCGCGCUGCGAGCGGCACCGCUAAGGGUCCCAACAAGAAGAAAAAGACAGCCACCGCAGCGUCCAAAGAUGGAAGUCCGGCCGCUGGUGAUGAGGAGCAAGGCGGCCCCGCCACUGCUAGUGGAUCGAAGAAGCGACCCCGCACCAGCACGGGUGACGGCGAAGCAGAUGGCGCGGAUAAAGUUGGCGAUACCGCUUCCUCCACAGCUGCACCACUCGCUGAUGGCGCAAAUGGCAGUGCUCCUCCACCGAAGAAGAAGCGGGCGAGCAUGGCUCAGCAAUCUUCGGUAGCGCCAGCAUCUGAGGCGCCUGCUCAGUCAGCAGAGGCAUCGCCCAAGAAGCCGCAAGAGUCGUGAGGUUUCAACUUCUCUUCCUCCUGUUUCUCUCACCGUCGAGGGCCAUUUGCGGCCUCGUUAGCUAGCUAUCUCGUCACUCUCCGUUCAUCAAUCACACACGACUUAGACAUCUGUAUGACUGCCCCAGUGUGAUCGUGCAUUCCAUUUCAAGUCCCCUACCAUCAUCACCAAUCGUGCGAGCCAUGCGGCCC